GCGGCGAGCCGAAGACCAAGCUGGCCGGGUCGUGCAGAGUCCCCCAGACACGGGCCGUCGCCUGCCCUGGAGUACAGGCUAUGCCGAGUGAGCCCCCCCACCCACCCCACCCCAUUCCAAAAUGGCAUCUUUGGGAGCCCGGACCCCAAAAUACUCCCUUUUACCCUCCAAUUUUGCCCUGAAAUCCUAGGAUUCACUUUCCCUCCCCGCCCCACGGACCCCAGUCUCUCUUUGGGAUGCCUUAACUCCAGAAAUCUCGGCUUGAGGCCAGUGUCCCCAAAAGACUCCCCACUCAGGGACCCUCCCACGCCCCUCACUCUUUCCUUGGAUCCUGCCCCACCAUCCUGGAGCCGGGAGGCAGCGGGCGAGGCUGGAAAACCCGUGGGUCAUUAAUGCAGGCAAGAGUCGGCAUAAUGAGGACCAGGCAAGCUGUGAGGUGGUUUAUGUGGAAGGCAGACAGGCCAGGAUGGGUGGGCCAGAGAAAUCCAUCAAGGACCAGAGCCACCAGGGUCUCUACUUCCAUUACUGGGGCCUGUUUGAUGGGCAUGCAGGGGGUGGAGCAGCAGAGAUGGCCUCUAGACUCCUUCAUCGGCAUAUUCGGGAGCAACUUCAGGGCCUAGUGGAGAUCCUGCAGGACCCUGCUCCACCCCCUCUCUGCCUUCCAUCCACUACUCGGGCCUCUGUCUCCUUGGAUUCCCCAUGCCCUGGUGGGCCCCAGCCAUGCUGGCCAUUGCAGAAAGAGGUGACCCAUGAGAGCCUCGUGGUGGGGGCCAUUGAGAAUGCCUUCCAGUUCAUGGAUGCCCACAUGGCACGGGAGCAGAGGAGCCAGUAUGUAGUAGGGGGUUGCUGUGCCCUGGUCGUGGUCUACCUAUUAGGGAAGAUGUAUGUGGCCAAUGCUGGAGACAGCAGGGCUAUCAUUGUCCGAAAUGGGGACAUCAUUCCAAUGUCUCGGGAGUUUACCCCUGAGACAGAAAGACAGAGACUGCAACUCCUGGGCUUCCUGAAGCCAGAGCUGUUGGGCAAUGAAUUCACCCACCUUGAGUUCCCCCGAAGAGUCCAGCCUAAAGAGCUAGGUCAACGAAUGCUGUAUCGGGACCAGAGCAUGACUGGCUGGGCCUAUAAAAAGAUUGAACUGGAAGAUCUCAGGUGUCCCCUGGUUUGUGGAGAAGGCAAAAAGGCUCGGGUUAUGGCCACUAUUGGAGUGACCCGGGCCUUGGGUGACCAUAAUCUUAAAGUGUGCAGUUCUACUCUGCCUGUCAAACCUUUCCUCUCCUGUUUCCCUGAGGUACAGGUGUAUGACCUGACUCAAUAUGAACACUGCCCAGAUGAUGUGUUAAUCCUGGGCACAGAUGGAUUAUGGGAUGUCAGCAGUGACAAAGAUGUGGCUGCCACUGUGGACAAAGUACUGUCCAGCUAUGAGCCCAAUGACCCCAGCAGGUACACUGCACUGGCCCAAGCCCUGGUCCUGGGGGCAAGGGGCAUCUCCAGGGAGCAGGGCUGGCGGCUCCCCAACAACAAAAUGGGCUCAGGCGAUGAUAUUUCUGUCUUCGUCAUCCCACUAGGGGGGCCUGGCAGCUAUACUUAAAGGGGGCCUAGUCACCCACCCCCUCCUCAGCUUCUUCAUAAUCCCGCUGCUCUUCCCCAUCCUAGACCUUCCAAGUGGUUCAGUAAUAGUCUUUAAUGACUACUUGUCCGCUGGUUCUCUUGCACCCCGGACGGUGUGUAAAUAAACUAAACUGACCCCAAA